AUGCAACAACAGAUAGUACGACAAUUUCCCAUACCACAAUAUGACCCGGCUAAAAAUUCAAUUUUUGCUUCUGUUGCUAUGUCAUUGGAAGAAGUAAAUCUGUAUAAAAGAAUAACGCCAUCAGCUCCAACCUUAAUGGACAUAUCUAGGCGAGUAUAUUUCGAUUUAUUUCUAUACGAUCUUAACGUGCGUAAAAAGAUACUGCCUGAAUAUCUGGAUUAUUAUAGUACCAGCUUACUAUGGUUUAGAAUUGUUUCACUUAAGAUGAAACACUUUCAACCUAUCACUCCUGAAGAACGAGAUUUAUUGCUAAUUUUACAACAAUUUAGUUUUACGAUUCCUGAACCAAUACUAUUGCAACUUCAAGUAUUUGGUUCUGUACAAACAAGAACAGGAGAACACCUUUAUCCAUGGUUUCCGAAAUUACCUACUAGUCAAAUUGGCGAAUAUGGUGGAUUCUAUGGACCUGUAACAAAAGACAACCAUAAUUUGUAUGAAGAAAUACCUUGUUUAGGAGUACUAAGUGAAGCUGUAAGACAAAGUAUAAGUGAUGCUCCUCCUGGACAAUACGCAUCAUCUUUAAAUACAGAUGAAUUGACUAUGACUGAAAACCUAUUAGGUUAUUUUCCAUUAGGAAUAAGGGAUAAUGAAGCAAAAAACAUCGCUUUUGAUGCUGGAAUUAAAGUUGAUUUGUUUCCUUCCUAUCCUUAUAAUACUGGCAUGAAUCUUAAGUUAAUAAUGUCUAUUUCAAAUAUUAUAGCACAGACAAAAGUUUUCGAAUUAUUUACAGUCAAUUUUAAUGACUUAGCUAAGGAGGGAUCUGUAAUUCAAACAGUUAUGGUACAUCCAAUUUCACCAAAAAUCCGUGGUCAACAAGAGAAACAUGGAAAGCUCCAAGUAACUUCUUUAAUGAGUGAAUAUUUCUCACUUACUGCUGGAAUUGUAUUCUGCCCUCAACUAUGGAAGAAAGGAUCGACUAAAACGAGUGCAAAGUCUUGGUCAUGCGCUGUUCCAGUUAACAAGACAUGGAUAACAAAUAGAAAUGAGCGAAGAACCACUCUUCCCGUUCAAUAUCGACAAGAAGUUUUCAAAUUGACACCUGAAUUCGGUCAAAGUUAUCGGUCUCAAGUAAUAAAAUUUUUAAUAAUGAAAAAAAGGAAUGCAAUACAACAUUAA